AUGGAGACCAUCAUGUCGUCAUUGCCCACAUUGACAACUAACGAGGGCAGUCUAUGGAUAACCAGUGCUAUCUCCGAGGUACUGGCCAGCCGUGGCUCUGGAGCAGCGGAAAAUGCAACUCUCGCUGCUGCUGCUGCCGCCACAACAACAGUUGCCGCUGCGGCGGCGGUGGCUGCAACAGCAUCAACAGCAGCUGCUGCCACUGCAAGCGUAGCCAAAGUCCAUGACAAGCAUCCGCAUCAAGUGAAUGACAAUGGCACAGACUUGAGUAAUUACAGUUCGUAUCCCGGGUAUAUACACUAUCGCGACAAAUAUGAUCUGAGCUAUAUAGCCAAAGUAAAUCCAUUCUGGCUGCAGUUUGAGCCACCGAACACAAGCACCUUCUACAUCAUGGCGGGACUGUACUGUCUGAUCUCCGUUGUGGGCUGUAUUGGUAAUGCAUUUGUGAUCUUUAUGUUUGGCAGUCGCAAAUCGUUGCGAACGCCGGCAAAUAUAUUGGUCAUGAAUCUGGCGAUUUGCGAUUUCCUGAUGCUGAUCAAAUGCCCGAUUGCCAUUUACAAUAACAUCAAAGAGGGUCCGGCACUUGGGGAUACAGCCUGUCGGAUUUAUGGAUUUGUGGGUGGACUUAGUGGCACCUGCGCCAUUGGAACACUCACAGCUAUAGCUCUGGAUCGGUAUAAUGUGGUGGUGCAUCCACUGCAACCACUCAGGCGCUAUUCACGACUGCGAUCCUAUCUGAUUAUCUUUCUCAUCUGGUGCUAUAGUUUUUUGUUUGCUGUGAUGCCUGCGCUGGAUGUCGGAUUGUCAGUCUAUGUGCCCGAGGGUUAUCUGACGACCUGUAGCUUUGAUUAUCUGAAUAAGGAGACGCCGGCACGCAUCUUUAUGGCAUUGUUCUUUGUGGCCGCCUAUUGUGUGCCACUUACUUCGAUUGUCUACUCCUACUUCUACAUACUCAAGGUGGUAUUUAUGGCCAAUCGUAUACAGUCCAACAAGGACAAGGCCAAGACCGAGCAGAAGCUGACGUGUAUUGUUGCUGCCAUAAUUGGUUUGUGGUUCAUCGCCUGGUCUCCCUAUGCCAUUGUGGCCAUGAUGGGUGUCUUUGGCCUGGAGCAACACAUUACGCCACUGGGCUCCAUGAUUCCAGCGCUCUUCUGCAAGACGGCUGCUUGUGUGGACCCCUAUCUGUAUGCCGCCACGCAUCCAAGAUUUCGUAUCGAGGUUCGAAUGCUCUUCUAUGGACGUGGUGCACUUCGACGUGUGUCCACCACUCGCUCGUCCUACAUGACACGAUCCCGAUCCUCCUUCACGCACCGUCUGCGACCCUCGUCGGGGGAGUGUGAAACCCGCAAUGAUCCUUACGUCCUGAACAACAAUCUGAUGAUGGUGCCCGAGGAAACCGAAGAGAAUGAGGAAAUUAUUGUUGUCGCCGAGAUAAAUAAUUUCAAUGGCACAAACAUGGAACAGAGUAAGUUUUAA